CGUGAUUUACUUGGUUCGGUAAUUUGAUUUUGUGUCGAAAAGUGUAACUCAGUGUCGGUUGUGAUCCGCUGGAAGUACACAGACGCGAUUAGUCUUAAGUGUUGAAACUGCUUUGGAUCUGGGACAGACUGUUGCUGGCAGCUGAAACGAAGAGCUACAGCCAAGCCAGCAAAUAAUCUUUUAUAUUUAGUUGAUGAGCAAGUGACAGGAGAGCGGCGUUUAUUCCAGCGUGCAUGCUGAUAGUGAAACUGAAAAUGAAACUGUUUAGCAACAGGUUUGCGGCGCGAAGAUGCACUCAACUUAUGGCGGUUGCCUUCGUAAUGCUUCUUCCACCGGUCAAGGCGCAAGACUACGACGUGACUGACAUUCAGUGUUCGUUUGCGACGCAAGGCUCCAACCUGGGUGACAUCAUAACGGCCAAGCUGAAGAAACCGAUCGGCUUCAAAGGGGCUCCACUGUUCGCGGACGAUCGUGCCGUCAACCCGGAGGCCGACUUCGCAUGCUCCAUCAAGCAGGACCGGAAAGACCCCAGCGAGCUGAGCUACGACCUCAAGAUCACCGACUUCUCACGCUGCGGUGUGCUGAAGAGGAAUGGUUUCGUCCAUGUUCGAAUUUGGUUCCCCCAAUUCCCGUCGGUGGUGAUGCAAUCCGACCAGGAACUGAUUAUCAUGUGCAAACCACCGGAGCCAACGGUGAUCCAGAAUAAGGCGGCGGGGUUCGCCGGAAGUUUCCCACACGGAGCCCGCGUUUCCGGAGUAGUGGAGGAGACUCCCGGCCGGCUCGAGUACGAAGUCGCACUAUACAAGGAGGCUCCACCGAUCGCUAGGAUUGCCGGGAUGAAGAAUUAUUCGACCACCAACCAGCUGGCAGCGAUGACGAACAACGAGGUUCCCGUUGACCAGGCGGUUCCGAUUGGAACGAAGCUGCAACUGCGCGCACGAAUUAGCGCACAAAGUGUGUGGAAAUAUGUCAAACUGCUGGAGGUAACCGUAUCACCAGAUCCGGAUGAUCCUCGCGCUCCGGGAUCGGUUUCUUUGGUGCGGGAUGGUUGCCGUAACCGGGACUUUGCUUCGAUUAUUCCGCAUCAACCAGCUCGCUAUCGGGACAAACCCAACGAAGUUUUCCUGGAUUUUGAAGCAUUCUUGCUGAGCUCGAUGAAGGAACGCAGCACACUGUGGAUCCACUCCCAGAUUAAGGCCUGCAUGGACGCCAUGGACUGCCAACCUGACUUCUGUCUGGAUCUGUAUGAACCAACAAAACGAAAGGGUUUAGGAAGGCGUCGCCGUUCUACAGGAGAGGUCGCGUACGGCAAUCUUCUAUCUAUGGUAGGCCAUGAUCGAUUCCGGAGAACCUCUGGCAAUCUCAACACGACGGAGUUCACGAAGUUCAAUGAAAACAUCGAAUACACCGUACUGAUGCCGGGACAGUACGAUGACACGAGGUAUCAGGAAGUACCGGAUCAGUGCAAAAAUUUUGUAAUGAUAUCGGGACUGCUUGCCGGCUUGUUAGCGUUAUCUACGAUCAUUACUUGCGGACUGGCUUCUAGGAUGCAAGGAAAUGGUAAAAAAUCCUCGAUCGACGAGCUCAACGUGAAAGGCUACUCCGGCCGAGCAAUCGUCCAAUAAAUGAAGGCUGAAUGGGAUUGUGUUCGAAUCGAUAUUCACAUAGCACUUUGGAUUUAGAGGUCGUAGUUUUAGAAGUGAACAGCCUGCGUUUAACCGCUCACAGAGGAGCAAGAGCUACAGACAGUGUAUAUUUAAGAAGCUAGGCGAAACAAAUAUUUAGAGCGUAAGAUAACUAGUUUAGUCAGUACAACUAGCGCUUUGAGAACUGAGCCCAGUUUUUAAGGCUACAUAUCCUUCUUGGAGUGAAUUAUACUUGAAAGAUGGGCUUACCGGCAGACGUUGCAAGCCGCAAUCGGGAUUCAGUACGGUAGAACGACACUAAUAGAUACACAAGGUAGACUGCAUUUUUCACUAGUGUAUACAAGCGGAAAACGGAUCAAAGUAGAGACAGUCAAUAGAGUCUGUUGCCUAUUUUAGAGAGCAUUUAAAAUUUAAUUUAUUUAUUGCCCAGCCGCAGGUUGUAAGAAUAUUUUAACGAAGCGAACUGUAUCGGAUACAUGUACAGGUCAAUGUACAGUGAUUUUAUGAAUGAAAUAUAUAGUUGAGUUAAUAGAU